UCAACCAUGAAGUUGAAGACACAGGCAUCUGUAUUCUAAAGCUAUUUCAGUUGAUUUCAUCUCAGCACACACACACUGAGCACUUCCUAAAAGCAAGGUUGACUGACAUUUUUAUUAGCAAUAAUCGCUGCCUUCUUCUGAUUCUUUAGAGAUUUAAGACCAUAUAAUCGUCCUCUACGUCACAGGGUCAAGGGAGUGGGGGAGGAAAUGGGCUAAGAGGUUCUAAAUCCCUCCUAACACUUGCUUCUUCCCAAUCAGCAAGAUUAGAGCAGUCAACAGCUGACUGAGUUCAGACCCUGCAGGCUGGGCUGGCCUGCCCAGGACCUGAGGAGGGGCAGCUCCGGUGGCAAUAUCUGGGCCCCUAGGUGUGCUGGUCCAGGCUGGCCUCUCUAAGACAGUGCAGGCCACGUGAUCUAUCCUUCUAGAGGCAGUGAGCAGGUUAGGGCCUCUAGGACAACCAGGAGGAAAAAGCAAGGAGUCUACUUUCCGCAGCCAUGCUGAAACAGAGCGAGAGGAGACGGUCCUGGAGCUACAAGCCCUGGAACACCACGGAGAAUGAGGGCAGCCAACACCGCAGGAGCGUUUGCUCCCUGGGGGCCCGUUCUGGCUCCCAGGCCAGCAUCCAAGGCUGGACAGAGGGCAACUAUAACUACUACAUCGAGGAAGACGAAGAUGGGGAGGAGGAGGACCAGUGUAAGGAUGACCUGGCAGAGGAGGACCGGCGGGCAGAGGAGGUCACCACCGCCAAGCCUGAAGGCCCCAGCGACCUUCCGGCCCUGUUGUCCACGCUGAAUGUGAAUGUGGGCGGCCACAGCUACCAACUGGACUACUGCGAGCUGGCCAGCUUCCCCAAGACGCGCCUAGGUCGUCUGGCCACCUCCACCAGCCGCAGCCGCCAGCUAAGCCUGUGCGACGACUACGAGGAGCAGACAGACGAAUACUUCUUCGACCGCGACCCAGCCGUCUUCCAGCUGGUCUACAAUUUCUACUUGUCCGGGGUGCUGCUGGUGCUUGACGAGCUGUGUCCACGCUGCUUCCUGGAGGAGCUGGGCUACUGGGGUGUGCGGCUCAAGUACACGCCGCGCUGCUGCCGCAUUUGCUUCGAGGAGCGGCGCGAUGAGCUGAGCGAACAGCUCAAGAUCCAGCGCGAGUUGCGCGCCCAGGCGCAGGUGGAGGAGGCAGAGGAGCUCUUCCGCGACAUGCGCUUCUACGGGCCGCAGCGGCGCCGUCUCUGGAACCUCAUGGAGAAGCCGUUCUCCUCGGUGGCCGCCAAGGCCAUUGGGGUGGCCUCCAGCAUCUUCGUACUCGUCUCCGUGGUAGCGCUGGCGCUCAACACCGUCGAGGAGAUGCAGCAGCACUCGGAGCAGGACGAGGGCGGCCCAGACCUGCGGUCCAUCCUGGAGCACGUGGAGAUGCUGUGCAUAGGCUUCUUCACGCUCGAGUACCUGCUGCGCCUCGCCUCCACACCCGACCUGAGGCGCUUCGCGCGCAGCGCCCUCAACCUGGUGGACCUGGUGGCCAUCCUGCCGCUCUACCUUCAGCUGCUGCUCGAGUGCUUCACGGGCGAGGACCACCAACGCGGCCAGACGGUGGGCAGCGUGGGUAAGGUGGGUCAGGUGUUGCGUGUCAUGCGCCUCAUGCGCAUCUUCCGCAUCCUCAAGCUGGCGCGCCACUCCACCGGACUGCGCGCCUUCGGCUUCACGCUGCGCCAGUGCUACCAGCAGGUGGGCUGCCUGCUGCUCUUCAUCGCCAUGGGCAUCUUCACUUUCUCCGCAGCCGUCUACUCUGUGGAGCACGAUGUGCCCAGCACCAACUUCACCACCAUCCCCCACUCCUGGUGGUGGGCCGCGGUGAGCAUCUCCACCGUGGGCUAUGGAGACAUGUACCCAGAGACCCACCUGGGCAGGUUUUUUGCCUUCCUCUGCAUUGCUUUCGGGAUCAUUCUCAACGGGAUGCCCAUUUCCAUCCUCUACAACAAGUUUUCUGAUUACUACAGCAAGCUGAAGGCUUAUGAGUAUACCGCCAUACGUAGGGAGAGGGGAAAGGUGAACUUCAUGCAGAGAGCCAGAAAGAAGAUAGCUGAAUGUUUGGUUGCAAGCAACCCACAGCCCACCCCAAGACAAGAGAAUUAAUAUUUUGUAGGACAUCUGGCUGGUAGAUUCCAUGAACUUCAAGGCUUCAUUGCUCUCUUUUUUCAAAAAAAUUAUGAUUGACAGAAAAAGGAAAUGUGAAGCAGACAUACAUAAAAGCCAUUUAGUUCACAAAGUUCUGCCUCUAGAAAUGCUCAUUUUGGCCCAAACUCAGAAUGUCUCACAGUACUCUUUCCCUGUGUUGUGUGAAACAUCUGACCUUCUCAAUGACAUUGAUAUUGAAAACUUGAGAGGAACAACAGCUUAGAUUUCUCUUGUAGCUUUUCGUGGCAUCUAGCUCAAUAAACAUUUUUGGACU